AUGGCGGAUGAUGUUGAUGGUGCAUUUACUAUUUAUGGAUUAAUAAAAGCUUCUCAAGGGAGAGUAAAGAAAACACUAAAUCCUGAGUUAAAAUAUUAUGAGCUAAAACUGUCUUGUGUUCAUGGUGGUCGUAAAUUUCACUCAGAAAGUUCAGGAAAACGCUCCUCGCAAACACUGAAGAAUAACUGCCCAUUUAGUAUCAAGAUUAGGGCAUCUGCAGAUGGCCAAACUUUAGAAGUAAAAGAUAUAGUUGAUAAACAUAAUCAUGAACUCAACCAGAAGUUGUUCAACCACUUGCCAAAACAAAGGCGUCUCACAGACCAAAGCAAGGAAAAGGCUAAGUACCUGCUCUCGAUGAAUGUCAACAAAAAGUUAUUGCAGCAGGAACUCUCGAGAGAAUGUGGGAAAGUUGUAACACUCCGAGAUAUUUCCAACAUCGCUGCAGAAAACAAAAGAGAAAAAACUCGUAACGACCUAAACUCAGUUGUAGAUAUUUUAACAAAUAAAUACGGUUGCACUGUUAGCAUUCAUGCUGAUGAAGAAAAAAAUUUGAUUGGGAUUUUCUUUCAAGAUGAUUUCAUGAAAAUUGUAACGGCAGCAUAUGCUGAAAUAUUUUUCAUUGAUGCUACAUAUAAGUUGACAGAACUAAAAAUUCCUGUUUAUUUGUUGGUGGUUGAAGAUUCCAUGGGUGGAACCGAGGUUGCUGCUGUGGGGCUUCUUGUAUCUGAAAAUGAGGAGUCAAUUACUUGGCUUUUAAACACUUUUAAAGAAAAUAAUAAUGGGUUAAUUCCUCGCAUCGUAAUGGCCGACAAAGAUCUGACAUUGAGAAAGGUGGUUAAAGAAAUUUUCCCCACCUGUAAACUAUUGAUUUGUUUAUUUCACACACUACGUAGUUUUAAGCGUGAAAUUUCUAACCAAUCAUUUAAUUUACGAGAAUGCCAACAAGUGGUAUUAAAAGAACUUUUUCAGAAAAUGUGUUACAGCAAAACGGAAAGUGAAUAUCGUGAACAAUACGAUCUAUUUAUGAAGGCUGCUCCAGAAAUGGUUCAAAGCUACUUUACAGAGAAUUGGCACGAUAUAAAGAAUGAGUGGGUUUUAGGUGAUGUCCUUAAUGUCAAUAGCUUCCUAAAUACGACUAACAAUAGACUUGAGAGCUUAAAUGGCAAACUCAAAUCUGUCAUUAAGUUGUACAGUCCGUUAGAAGACUUUAUUGACGGUUUUUUCACGGUUUUGUACUCCUUAAGGAACGAACGAGAUCACAAAGCUGCAUCAACAUUACUCAAGCGCAAAGUAAUACCAUUUAAUAUUUCAACCCCUCAAUACCAAUAUUCAAAUUUGUUAACAAGUUACGCCUUAAAUUUUGUGCUGAACCAAUUAAAAGAAAUGAAAAAUGUCGGAAAUGUUCAUAAAGAGGGGACAGUUUUCAAAGUUCGUGGUGAAAUGCAUUUAAAUGUCAACACAAAUUCGUGCACAUGCAGUUUUACAACCUCGAUGCUGUUACCCUGUCGGCACAUAUUUGUUGUACGAGAACUUGAAGGUUUACCUCUUUUUGACGAAAGUUUAUGCGCUGACCGGUGGACUAAUGAUUUUCAUAGAAAAACACAUCGGAUGUUUAUAUCAGAGCACCCAUCUCCAGUCACACCAGUUCAUGUAUCCUUAAGAAAAGGCGAAAAGAAGGUAUUGAAUCUUAACGAGCGUUACCGCAAUGUGCAUCGGGUCUGCGAAGAAAUAAAGACAAUUGUGUCGAAAACUUGUAUGGUAUUGGGACAAUGA